AUGUUUCAGAUGCACGGCAUGGAGAAUUUGGACCUCAUGGGUGAUCCAUCGGGAUCGAUGACAACUUUAACGCCAAUGUCCGAAACACCAAUAACAUCAUCACACCAUCAACUUCAUGGAUCGUAUCACAGUAUGAACCAUAUGAUGAGUCAUCAUCAUCAUGGAGGUCCCUUGAGUGGACACACACCUGGUUCGCAUCAUUCCGCCAUGGCAGCAGCUGUAGCAGCUGCGAGUCUUCAUCCAGACCAAGAUACCGAUCCCCGAGAACUUGAAGCCUUUGCUGAACGUUUCAAACAACGGAGGAUAAAAUUAGGAGUCACACAAGCCGAUGUGGGCAAAGCGUUAGCGAAUCUCAAGUUACCAGGUGUAGGUGCAUUAUCGCAGAGUACAAUUUGUAGAUUUGAAAGUCUGACGUUAUCACACAAUAACAUGAUUGCAUUGAAGCCGAUUCUACAAGCGUGGUUGGAAGAAGCUGAGGCGCAAGCGAAGAACAAACGAAGAGAUCCCGAUGCGCCUAGCGUUUUGCCACACGGCGAGAAAAAAAGAAAAAGGACAUCCAUAGCGGCUCCGGAGAAACGCUCUCUGGAAGCCUAUUUUGCCGUCCAACCACGACCUUCUGGUGAAAAAAUUGCUGCUAUUGCCGAGAAAUUGGAUCUCAAAAAGAACGUUGUUCGUGUAUGGUUCUGUAAUCAACGACAGAAACAAAAGAGAAUGAAAUUCGCAGCUCAACACUGA